AUGUCAUACAGACGUCAAAACUACAACGGUAUGCCGGAUAAACCAGCAUUUGCAGCUCAGCCUUAUACAAGUCCUGUCCCGUCAACAUAUAAUAAGAGGUCAGGGCAGUCUGAAAUGUUCCAAAAGUUUGAGCAGUUCUCUAAAAAGAUUGAAGAUCUUACAGAUCACCCUAUAGUUCAAAAAAUUGUGCCAUACACUCCAACUAUUGCACGUUUUUUUAUUGUUGCAACCUUUUAUGAAGAUUCAAUUCGGAUUGCUUCGCAAUGGCCAGAGCAAGUGUUUUUCCUGUCUCAUUUUAGACACUUCCCCUACAUGUUUGUUGUGCUGUUCUUAAUGGUUGUCGCAAUAUUUAUGAUGAUUGGUGCUACGAUGAUUUUGCUGAGGAAGCAGACUGUUUAUGCGACUGGGAUUCUUUGUAUAUGCAUCCUUUCGCAAGGUUUUGUUUACGGGCUUUUCUCGGGAUCUACGUUUGUAUUGCGUAACUUUAGUGUUAUCGGUGGUCUUUUGAUCACAUUUGGUGAUUCAAUUGUUAAGAAUCGGAUCACUUUUGGUAUGCUUCCUGAGUUAACAAGUAAGGAUGGCAGGACAAAAGGUUAUCUUCUUUUAGCGGGCAGAAUUCUGAUAAUCCUCAUGUUUGUUACUUUUACAUUUGGAAAGAAUUGGCUCACAAUAAUUGUAACCAUCGCUGGGACAAUUUGCAUUGCCAUUGGAUACAAAACUAAGUUUGCGUCCAUCGUUCUUUGCCUAAUUCUCGCCUUCUACAACAUUACAUUGAAUAACUACUGGUUCUAUGGCAGCGCCAAGAGAGACUUCCUAAAAUACGAGUUCUACCAAAACUUGAAUAUCAUCGGUGGCUUGCUAUUAGUGAUCAACACUGGAGCAGGAGACAUCUCUUUUGAUGAGAAGAAGAAAAUAUACUAG